AUGACCAAGUUUCUCUUAUUACUGGCCAUUUUUUUUUCAAGUUUUCAUCUAAGUAUUAGUGCUGCUCCUUCUGGAAUAGAUGUGAGUGAUUUAGUUACAAGCACAUCCAGAGCAAUGACAACUGUUUCUCUUCCGCCCCAAGGUUGGACUUGGAACAAACACAUUAAUGAUUCAACACGUCUUUCAACAUCUGCUUGGGGUUGGGAAUGUGAUAAUACCACAUUCAAUCAAAAGAGUUCAGGAUAUCCAACAUAUUUUCGUUUUGUGAGUCCUGGUGGAACACAACUGGCUACGUUACCACCGAAUCAAGCUCAAGGAGGUCGUUGUGGCACAAUGGUUUCAGGAUGGACAAAUGCAACCUAUCCAACAAGAGUUGGUGAAAUAAUCAAUGCUCGUAUGUGCUUUGCUUAUGCUGGUGUUCCCUGUUUUCAUUGGAUAGAUGAUAUUUCAAUUGCAAAUUGUGGAGGCUAUUAUAUCCACGGUUUGUAUGCCACAUCAGCUUGUUUCCUUCGUUACUGUACACAGUAAUGGCGACCGAGAGGUUCAAUGUGGUACAAAGGGAACUUCGGUCGAUUACCACUUUUAUGUCAUUGUGUUCAUAAUUGAAACUUUCCCCAAAGUUAAACGAAAGCUUCGCGAUAAAUAACUACUAUCCAUACCAAAAUACAGUGCCGGGUGCCACUUUUUGAAUAACUUUUGAUAGAAAUGAGAUAGAGACCUGUGAUUUUCGCUGUUCAAUAGCCAAGAUUUGAGCAGAACUUUUCACAAGCGGAAGCAACUUUUGAAAAACUUCCAGAGAUCGGGUUUUCAGAGAAUCUUUUGAAAACCAGCUCCGUUCUCAGAAAUGUUAGUUUUCUGAGAACGGAGCUGGUUUUCCAAAGAUCCUCUGGAAACCCGAUCUCUGG